UGUGGUCGUGGGUCAUCUUGAGGUAGUAUUGACCCACGACCAUCUUGAGGAAGUAUUGACCCACGACCAUCUUGAGGAAGUAUUGACCCACGACCAUCUUGAGGAAGUAUUGACCCACGACCAUCUUAAGGAAGUAUUGACCCACUACCAUCUUAAGGAAGUAUUGACCCACCACCAUCUUAAGGAAGUAUUGACCCACUACCAUCUUGAGGAAGUAUUGACCCACCACCAUCUUAAGGAAGUAUUGACCCACCACCAUCUUAAGGAAGUAUUGACCCACUACCAUCUUAAGGAAGUAUUGACCCACCACCAUCUUAAGGAAGUAUUGACCCACCACCAUCUUAAGGAAGUAUUGACCCACGACCAUCUUGAGGAAGUAUUGACCCACGACCAUCUUGAGGAAGUAUUGACCCACCACCAUCUUAAGGAAGUAUUGACCCACUACCAUCUUGAGGAAGUAUUGACCCACGACCAUCUUAAGGAAGUAUUGACCCACUACCAUCUUGAGGAAGUAUUGACCCACUACCACCUUAAGGAAGUAUUGACCCACUACCAUCUUAAGGAAGUAUUGACCCACCACCAUCUUAAGGAAGUAUUGACCCACUACCAUCUUAAGGAAGUAUUGACCCACCACCAUCUUAAGGAAGUAUUGACCCACCACUAUCUUGAGGAAGUAUUGACCCACCACCAUCUUAAGGAAGUAUUGACCCACCACCAUCUUGAGGAAGUAUUGACCCACGACCAUCUUAAGGAAGUAUUGACCCACCACCAUCUUGAGGAAGUAUUGACCCACGACCAUCUUGAGGAAGUAUUGACCCACUACCAUCUUGAGGAAGUAUUGACCCACCACUAUCUUGAGGAAGUAUUGACCCACGACCAUCUUGAGGAAGUAUUGACCCACGACCAUCUUGAGGAAGUAUUGACCCACCACCAUCUUGUGGAAGUAUUGACCCAUGACCAUUUUAAGGAAGUAUUGACCCACCAUUUCUUUGGUCACAUUUCCAAGGCAAAAAAUUCCAUAUAA